GAAAUUAUUCUUUUGCGGCAAUUAAAACAAUUUUUAAAACUUGGGUGUUUUUUUUAUUGCAUUUAAAAAGAUAUCGCUUUUUUAGGCUCCGCGAGUAAGAUUCGUUAGUUUGAUGUUAAUUGAUGAGGCGAACAAACUAAAAGAAGUUAGCCGAUUUGUGUUUGUUUUGGUACAAAAGCUUGGGAAAAAAAAGGAAACAAAUAAAAUAAAACUGAGCUCUUCAUCUGGUCAAAAGCAACAAAUUUUAUUAUUUUAAAAGACAGAAAAAAUAUUUUUAGUUGAAUUGGUCAAGAAAUGCUCCAUGCUCGUGAUAUUGUCGAUCUAAUUUAUAUCUUGUGCGUCGGAUUUUUAAUAAUAUCUGGGAAUGCUCUUGUCAUUCUUGCGUUUUGGAAAGGUCCUCGCCAAAUUCGCACUUUGACUAAUUACUUUGUGGUGAACCUUUCCUUUUCAGACUUGAUGGUUGGAUGCUUCUCCGUGCCUUUUAGAGUUUGCGUUAGGCUAGGAAAAACAAAGGAGGGAAGCAGAAACUACGAAUAUUUUAUUGCACUGGACGUACUUUGUGGAACAAUUUCCGCCUUGUGUUUGACUGCAAUUAGUAUAGAAAGAACGUUUGCUGUAAAAUAUCCUGCAAUGCAUUACAACUUAUCAAAAAAACCUGUAUUAUUUGCUAUUGUUAUGACGUGGAUUAUCGGUUUACUGUUGGCUGCAUUAAAGCUGAUAAUAGGAAGACAUUCAAUAAAUAGUCCAUACACUCUACUCAUUAUGGUGAUUUCAUUUUUUUUGCCUCUUUUUAUUAUAAUAGUGUCAUAUGUAAUUAUUUUUUUUACUGCAAUGAGCGUUAAUCAGUCUCCAAACUUAAGAAAAGAAAUUCGCGUGGCAAAAACAAUUUCACUUAUAAUUGGUUUGUUUACCAUAUGUUGGAUGCCGUUCUUUAUUGUAAACAUUUUAUAUUAUUAUUGCGGAGACUAUACAUCCACUAAGCUAUGUAGUGUUAUCAAAUCUGAAAGUAUAAGUACAUGGAUUGUUAAUAUUGUUGUUUCGCUUCGUAUCAGUAACAGUAUGAUGAACUUUUUCGUGUACGCCGUACGUAGCCCAAUUUUUCGAACCACAUUUAAAUCUCUUGUAUUUAAAAUGUUUCGUGUUGUGUGCAAUAUGAAAACAAUUGAAGCAAAAAGCUUUUCUUUGUAUAAAAAUGGAAGCAAAAAAGGCUCACUGAACUUUUUUUUGAAAAAAGAUAAAAAGCAAGACCAAAAAGAAACAUUGUGGAAGCAAAAGAGUGUUGCCUAAUUGAAAACUUUCCAAACAUUAUUGGAAACUAUUCACAAAAGUAUUUUAUUAGUCUUUGUCUUUAUUAACUGUAUAAUUAGUAAUAAACUUAUUUUUUAUUGUUACAGACUAAAACAUUCCGCUCAACUCAGUCCUAA